GCCGGUGUUGAUGCCGUCCCAUAAUGAUAUGCGAUAAUUUGACUCCCGUCACAAUUUUGCUAGAGACGCUUGUGUUAUGCAGUGAGAAGGCCGCUGAUAUUGCCAGGCUUAUCCGCACCCAGUACGCAUUGUUCCCUACUCUGAUACAACAUAAAACCCACAAAGAAUCCGGUACGAAUUUUGCUGCGGAUGUGAUGACGCUGGCUGAUGUGUUGAUUCAACAGUCGAUCCGACAUGACAUUGGGAAAGAGUUUCCUGGUUUCGGAGAUUCGGUUUACGGGGAAGAGAACAGCGUUUUCCGUGCCGCGCAAUCUGGCGAGAACAUUCAACUCACUAUUCCACAGACAUUAGAUGAGCUUCAGACUCAGGUGCUCGUGGAUCAGCCGUCUCUGGCUGGUGCCCUAGCUGAACUGAUUCUCUGUCCCCUAAGUCACUUUCGACUUCGUUCGGCGGUACGUGAGCAUUUGGUAUCGAUCAGCCAGUUGGACGUCUCAGCGCGGCUAGAUUUAACGCAGUUCGCUGUGUGGGUCGACCCAAUCGAUGGAACCGCGGAAUACGUUAAAGGGAAUGCAUGUGACGUUUCAUCCGAAGAAACUCGUGCACCAAGUUUAGACAUAAUCUCACCGCACGUCUUUCGUUACCGCAUCUCUGGGACCUUGGGUAAUGUCACGGUCCUGAUUGGACUGUUCAACCGCACAAGCAGACUCCCCGUAUUUGGCGUUAUCAAUCAACCGUUUUUUCCUCGUGUCGCGGCGAACCUCGGGAACAGUCAACCGUCUGGACGACUCUUUUGGGGUUCGACCUUAGGAGGUUCGUAUUUAUCAAGCAACUGCCUUCCAUCCUCCGCCCCGUCAAUCACCAAAUGCUUUCCUGAUUGGUCUUUUCAGGAGCUUUUUUCGUUAUCCGACCCCAUGAAUAACGUUGGUAGGCUGCGGGUUGCAUGUAGCUCAUCGGACCUCGACAGUUUGGAGCGCAUCCUCAAAGAUUAUACUCCUGUGGAUGAUGACCUUCCCCCCGAACUAGUUUUUGUCUCCUGUGCUGGAGCCGGUUUCAAACUUUUGUGCCUAAUCUUGUGUCAGCUCGACAUCUAUCUACUAUUGAAACCGAAUACUUAUUUUUGGGACACAUGUGCACCGCAUGCGAUUCUUCAUGCGCGAGGAGGUGGUCUCGUUCGUUUGAAACCCGCUCUGUCCUACGUGCGUGAGCAGUCUAUGACAGGUGUAUGUGACCUUGAUCCUUCGACACUCAGGGAGUUUGAAGUGCACUACAGUGUGAAGCCAUCGGACUACACGAUAUUUUUUUACUCCGGCGGGCUUCUCACCUCUCUCUCUUCUCGUCAGGACCUCUCUUGCUGUUGCAAUUUGGAUGGUCUAUUGGCCUACCGUGAUGGUCGAAUCGCUUGUCAAUUCCUACACCGCUUGGCCCGAUCUGUGAACACGGUUGACGAGUUGUUUGAUUGA